UUUCAGAGUAGAGCUCAUUUGCCUGCCGUCGCUCAAAUUGUCCAGUCAAACAAUAGUCAGUGUUUUGUAAAAGUGAAAAAAAUAUUUUUUGAACGGACUUCAAAUAUGUUGUGGCUACUUCUAAGUCCGUUUUUGUUGCAUUUUGCAUUAUUAAUCAAUGCAACUAGCCCCAGUAUUUAUUACAUUGUGGCACCUAGAACAAUUCGAUCUGACAACCCUUACAACGUUGCCGUUACCAUCCACAAUGCACCUUUACCAAGUCAAGUCUCAGUCAGGCUAAACGGACCGUCAUUCACUAGGACCAUGAAUGUUGUCAUUCAACCCAUGUCAACACAAACCAUUAACUUCAAUAUUCCAAAACUGAAGGGUGGUGAUUAUCAGUUAAAUGUUCAGGGUUCUGGCGGUGUUACCUUCCAGAACUCCACCAAGUUAAACUUUGCCGAAGACAAGAAUUGGAUAUAUAUCCAGUCGGACAAGGCCACGUACAAGCCCGGCGAUAAGGUUCAGUUCAGAGCACUGUUCUUAGAUAAGCACACACGACCCGCAGUGAUCGAUAAGCCUAUAAUUAUUGAGAUCCAUGACGGGGCUGCGAACCUUAUCAAGCAGUGGAAGAAUGUUAAGCCGACCAAGGGUGUUUACUCUGGUGAGCUUCAGCUGUCUAAUCGGCCAGUCCUGGGCAACUGGACUCUGGCAGUCACGGUGAAGGACGAGGUCAAGGAGACCAAGGUGCUAGUGGUGGACAAGUAUGUGGUGCCUAAGUUUGAGGUGGUUGUUUUAACCCAAAAAGAUGUGGAGUCUAGUGCUGGGAAUAUUAAGGCAACGAUAAAAGCCCGGUACACCUUUAGGAAGCCCGUCAAGGGAACCGUCGUCGUUUCGAUCGAGGGCAGUAAAACCGAGAAAAGAAUGCCGAUCGACGGAGAGGUCAAUGUCGAGCUUCCCAUAUCAGCUACCGCCAAGAGUCCUUUGAAAAUGACUGCCAUUGUUACGGAGGAGCUUACCGACCUCAGGCACAACGGAUCUGCUUACGUAAACCUACAUGAGCAUCGCCAUAAGCUGGAGGAUCUGUUUUGGCCCACUCAUUACAGUCCAGGAAAACUGUACAAUUUCUACAUUGUGGUCAAAAAUUUAGAUGGUUCUCCCGUCUUGAACUCUUCAAAGAUUGUUGACUUCAACGUAUUGUGCUGUCAGAUGACUCAAAAUUUUAGAGCUGCCCUUCAUAACAGCGUCGCCACCCAAAAGAUAAUGUUUCCCGAUUCGACUUGCAAGAGUUGUCUUAUCACAGCUAAAUUUGAAAACGCUGCCGACUUUCGUCAGUACGUAUAUAAGACUGACAAAGCCCUCAGGAUUGAGGUUAUUACUAAGAAGCCGAAGCUUAGGCAGAAGCUGCACAUUAAUGUGGUGUCCACAGGCAAACUACCUUCCUUCAUGUUUACCAUUCUCGCACGAGGUAACAUCAUCCUUAAUCAUUAUGUACCAGUGGCAGAAGGAAAUUCUUUCAAAAAUAUUACAUUCCUACCCCGUUUCGAAAUGGUUCCCCAAGCCACCAUUCUUGUCCAUUACAUUGCUAAUGGGUUGUUGAUUUCCGCCGAUAAGACUGUCGACAUCGAAAAAGACUUUAUAAACAUGAUUGAUAUCACCGCACCAGUGGAAACAUUGCCCAGCAAGGAGGUAACCCUUAAGGUAAAAACUGAACCUCAUUCUUUCGUCGGACUUCUUGGAGUAGACCAGAGUGUGUUGCUUCUUAGAUCUGGUAACGAUCUGAACCGGGACCAAAUAUUAAACAAUCUUGCCAAGUACUCGAACGAUGUGGUAACCCUAACUAACGCAAAUCUAUACAUCAAAGAGGACACGGGUGGCUGUUAUACAAACCCUGGUAUACAAAAUGGACUGUACCGGUUUGCCUUAUUACAAAAUCUGGGUCUAAAACAGAUGGAUCACAAAACUCAGCCUACUCCGGCCAUUUUGAAAUCAACAAGUUCACAAGGAUCACUACCACCCAUUCGAAAACUUUUCCCCGAAACCUGGAUGUUCUUAAAUAUAUCCGACGUUGGAGCCAAUGGAGAAUACGUCCUGAAAAAGCAAAUUCCCGAUACGAUAACCUCGUGGGUGAUCACUGGAUUCUCCCUAAACCCUUCUUCCGGGCUCGCCUUGACCCACAGUGCCAGUAAAAUUCUCGUGUUCCAGCCCUUUUUCGUAACCACCAAUCUCCCAUAUUCCGUGAAGCGAGGUGAAGUAAUUGCCAUACCCAUCGUAGUUUUCAACUACUUGGAAGUUGAUGUUCUGGCAAAGGUAUCAAUGGAUAACUCAGAAGGUCAGUACGAUUUUAUGGAGGCCACAAGUGCGAAUGUAACGAAGAAUAUAAUGAAGACGCGAAGGGAAAAGUCUUUACGGGUUCCGGCCAAAAACGCACGAAGUAUUUCGUUCAUGAUUCGUCCCAAGAACGUUGGUCUGACCACUCUUAAGAUCACCGCCAUCUCGCCAAACGCUGGCGACUCAAUCCAUCAAUUGCUUAGAGUCGAAGCCAAUGGCGUUACAAAGUAUGUCAACAAGGCGGUAAUGGUUAAUCUCCCGAAGGUACAUCGACGAAGUCUGACAACAGGGCCAACUGAAAAAACACUUUUCAUAGAUAAUGUGGAGGGUGCUGUAGAUGGUUCUGAGUACUGGGAGGUCGAAAUUGGUGGAACAAUUCAGGCACCACAGCUGGAACAUCUUGACGGUCUUGUUCGCAUGCCUUACGGCUGUGGUGAACAAAAUAUGUUUAACUUUGUUCCAAGCGUCCUUGCGUUGAACUAUUUGGAAGCUAGUAAGCGCAAUAACCCAGAGGUUUCAAAGAAUGCUAAGAACUUUGUUGAAACUGGGUACCAAAGAGAACUCAAUUACAAACAUGAUGACGGUUCUUUUAGCGCCUGGGGGAAAAGGGAUCCUAAAGGCAGCACUUGGCUAACCGCAUACGUGAUCCGCUCGUUCUACUAUGCUACCGAUUAUGUAGACAUUGACCGCAAUGUCUUGAAAGCUGGUCUCGAUUUUCUCCAAUCCCGACAGAAGGCGAAUGGUGAGUUCCCAGAACUGGGCGUAGUCAUCCACAAUAGCCAUGGAAGUCCUUUGGCCCUUACUUCAUUUGUGCUGCUGACUUUCCUCGAGAGCAAGGGAGACAUGCCCAACUACCAGAAUGUGAUCGAUAAGGCCGUCAAGUUUGUGACCGGAAAGGUGGACCAGUCAAACGAUCCGUACGAUCUGGCCAUCGCUGCUUUUGCCCUGUCAUUGGCUCAAAACCACAAGGCUGCAGAUGUUUUGGCCAAGUUGGAGCGAUUGGCAAAGCAAAGCGGUGACUACAAAUGGUGGUCCAGGUCAGACAACAGCGCCAGUAAUGACGUUGAGAUCACAUCAUAUGUGCUGCUCGCCCUCCUGAAGCAAGAUUGGAUGGUCCCACCCAAGCCAAUUGUCGAUUGGCUGAUAAGCAAGCGCAACAGCAACGGAGGAUUCGCUUCGUCCCAAGACACGGUCGUGGGUAUCAUGGCUCUAAGCAUGUAUGAAGUUCUAUACAACGUGCCGACCAGUGCGAUCGACUUUAACUUAAUGCACUUAAACGAAAGCAUAUCCAAUAUAAGGGUAACAAAAGAAAACGAUAUGAAAGUUCAGACCCAACAGCUUCCAUCUAACGCUCGUGAAGUAAAAUUCUCGGCAACGGGACAAGGACGAUCUCAAAUUCAGCUAUCGUACCGGUAUAACAUAGACACCAAAGAGCCAAGCCCCAGCUUUAAGUUAUCAGUUUCGGCUAAGAAAUCGGUCAAUCAUCGAUUGGUUCUGGACAUUUGCGGCGAAUACACUCCUCUAGCUAGCUCCGAUAAGACAAAGCCCACCAACAUGGCGCUUAUGGAAGUCCAGCUGCCAUCCGGCUAUGUAAGCGAUCACGAUUCCUUCCCCAACAUAGAAGCCAUUUCCGAUAUAAAGCGCGUGGAGACGAAGAAUGAGGACACUGAAGUUCACAUAUAUUUCGAAAAACUUACUCCUGGUAACCGAAAGUGCCUCACCUUUGAGGCUAUCUUGACCCAUGCAGUGGCAAAUCUAAAACCAUCUUGGGUUCGACUCUACGAUUAUUAUUCCACUGAACUUAGCGCCACACAGUUCUUUUCUGUUGAUUCCUCCCUAUGCGAUAUUUGCCACGAAGACGAGUGCGGAAGAGAGUGCUAAGGUGACACGAUCAAUAUAUUUAAACAUUUUUGCCUCGAAUAACUGUCAUCCCUGUUAACUGCCACGAAAAAAAUAUACUUAUGUAUUUAUUCCAUUUUAAAAAGAAACCAACAAAUUGUAUUUUAAUAGGU